AGGCAGCUUGGAAGAGAUCAGUCAGUGGAAGUGGGGCCAGCGGACGCAGGGCCCUGCACUGACUGGCCGCCCACUCUGGAAGGACUGGAUGGAUCUGAAUCGGAUCAAGGUGCCACAUACCUUCCAGAUCCACUCGUACACCCGGCCCACCAUAUGCCAGCACUGCAAGCGCCUGCUCAAGGGGCUUUUCCGUCAGGGGCUGCAGUGCAAAGACUGCAAGUUCAACUGUCACAAGCGCUGCGAGCAGUUCGUGCCAAAUGAGUGUGUGGGGGAGGGCCUGGCCCUGGGCACAGCAGAUGGAGAGAGCCCAGAGUGCCCAUCUAGCAAGUCAGAGCCAGAGGAAGAGGAGGCAGACAGGGAGGGCAGCAGUGGCCACGGGCUGGCAGACGACACGGAGGAAACAGAGACCAACCCUGGGACUCCUGAAGCAGAGCUGCACACCAACCUCAGCCCCUGUUUCAGCACCUACAUCCCCUUGAUGCGGGUGGUGCAGUCCUGCCGGCACACUAAGAGGCGGCGCAGUGCCGUCCUGCUGGAGGGAUGGAUGGUGCACUUCACCAGCAGGGACCCCAUGCGGAAGCGCCAUUACUGGGUGCUGGACAGCAAGAGCCUGAGCCUCUUCCACUGUGAAAGCGGAAGCAAGUUCUAUAAGGAGCUGCCGCUGUCUGAGAUCCUCCAGAUCCGCCCCUGGGAGGGGCUGGCACCACUGAACCCCAGUGGGAGCCCCCCCUGCUUUGAGCUGGUGACAGAGGCCCUGGUGUACUAUGUGGGCGAGCACAGCAGCGAGCAGGAAUCAGGGCAGGUCUGGACAAGGUCGGAGGCUGGGAAGGCUUGGGCCAAGGCCAUCCGCCAGGCUCUCUGGCCUGUGAACUCUGAGCCUGACAGCUCCGCCCAGGAGCCCAAUUCUGACUUUGAGUCUCCAGAUGACAUGGACAUCAGCCGUUCCUACCAGAUCUUCCCUGACGAGGUGCUGGGCGCUGGGCAGUUCGGGGUGGUGUAUGGUGGGAAGCACAGGAAAUCUGGCCGGGAUGUGGCUGUCAAAGUCAUCAACAAGCUGCGCUUCCCGCCCCGGCAGGAAAGUCAGCUCCGCAAUGAAGUCUCCAUCCUGCAGAGCCUGCGCUCCCCCUGUGUGGUGCACCUGGAGUGCGUGUUCGAGGGCCCCGACCGGCUCUUCGUGGUGAUGGAGCGGCUGCAUGGCGACAUGCUGGAAAUGAUCCUAUCCAGCGAGACCGGGCGGCUGCCUGAGCCCCUUGCCAAGUUCCUCACUGCCCAGAUCCUGUCUGCCCUGCGUCACCUGCACACCCAGAACAUUGUGCACUGUGACCUCAAGCCAGAGAACGUGCUGCUGACCUCAGAUGAGCCCUACCCCCAGGUGAAGCUCUGUGACUUCGGCUUCGCCCGCAUCAUUGAAGAGUCAUCUUUCCGGCGCUCAGUGGUGGGAACCCCGGCAUACCUGGCACCUGAAGUGCUGCAGCAACACGGCUACAACCGCGCUCUGGACAUGUGGGCUGUGGGGGUCAUCAUCUACGUCAGCCUGAGCGGCACCUUCCCCUUCAACGAGGAAGAGGAUGUCAAUGAUCAGAUUCAGAACGCAGCUUUCAUGUUCCCUCGGCAGACCUGGGCCAGCAUCUCGCUGGAGGCUGUUAGCCUCAUCCACAACCUGCUGCAGGUGAAGCUGAGGAAGCGACUGAGCGUGAACAAGGCACUGAACCACCCUUGGCUUCAGGACUUCCAGACCUGGCUGGCCCUGCGAGAACUGGAGAAGCGUGUGGGGCAGCGCUACCUCACCCAUUCAAGUGAUGAUGCUCGCUGGCAGCGCCUUGCCCGAGAGCAGGGGCGGGCCUGGCCCUCAGGGCUCACCACACAGCCUAGCCUGGAGGAGGAAAGGGAGAGUGACAAUGAAGAUGAGGAGAGCUGAGUCUUCCUCUUAGGACUGCACUGCUCAUAGGAAGGGGGGCUGGGACCCCUCAGCACAUCACCCCCAUAAACUUAUUUCCCUUAACUUGGUGCCAUGUGGUCUGUGCUGAGUGUGCACCUGUGUCGCUGGAGCCCAUUUAGAACUGGGGGGGCGGGGGGAGGAAUCACAGAUUCAGAUUCCCCUGCAUAAAUGCUGCCCGCCACCUCCUGCAUUAAAUCCCACCUUCCCAGAGCCCCCACUCUGACCCACAGCCCCACCAUGGUAUGUGUCCUUUGGCCCCAUCCACCCCAGUAUUCUCCCCUCUCCCAGCCCACUGCACUUUUACCAGCUGCCCAGCAUAUGACCAACACCCUCCAAUCCUGCCAGCCUACAGACACUGACU